AUGGUCCGCGAGUUAUGUGCAGACGUGUUCGGCCACCGAUCCAACAUCUCGCUGGUGUUCGACUUCAUGGAUACAGAUUUGGAGGUUAUUGUCAAGGACUCGUCCAUUGUCCUCACCCCCGCCAACAUCAAAGCCUACAUGAUAAUGACACUGGAGGGCCUGGAAUACCUGCACAUCAACUGGAUCUUACACAGGGAUUUAAAGCCUAAUAAUCUUCUAGUCAAUUCAAAAGGAGUGUUGAAAAUCGGGGAUUUUGGUCUGGCAAAAUUUUUUGGUUCGCCUACCAGAAUAUACACUCAUCAAGUGGUAACAAGAUGGUACAGAUCACCAGAGUUGCUGUUCGGUGCACGUAUGUAUGCAGUGGGCGUGGACAUGUGGGCUGUGGGGUGUAUACUGGCAGAACUUCUGCUGAGACUACCGUUUCUGCCAGGAGAGUCAGACUUGGACCAGCUCACCAAAAUUUUCCAGGCCUUGGGCACGCCUAGUGAGGAGACCUGGCCAGGGGUGACAAGCCUGACAGAUUACAUCCAGUUCAAGGCCUUCCCCGGUACUCCACUAAACCACAUCUUCACCGCAGCUGGAGACGAUCUGCUUGCUUUGCUCGCAGGUCUUCUCUCUCUCAAUCCACUCAACAGGCUCAACUGCGCUGAGGCCUUGCAGAUGCCUUACUUCAGGAACAAACCACAUCCAUCUCUGGGGUCUCAACUGCCAUUACCGUCAAAUAUCACUCAGCAUGCGGAAAGACCCAAUCUGAAGAGGAAACUGGCAGACAAGCUUGAAGGGGGUGUUCAGCCCAAGAAACUCAUGUUCGACACAACCUUCUGAUAAGUGCCUGCCUCGGACUGCUAUUUAAUAACUUUCUACUUUUAUGUUUAGUUAGAUUUUUGUAAAGUUGGGAUAAAUGUUUGUAAAUUAUGAUCAAUAAAGUUAUUUUGCUUAUUUAAGUUUUAUACUAUUUUUAACAACAAUUUAGUAUUUGUUUAACCAAUUUUAUUCCAGUUUAAUUUCUUUAUAUAUGUGUAUUUUGUGUGUGUGUUUUUUAGAAUAUUGUUUUGGUUAUUAUUGGGGAACACAUUCCAGAAGGAAAUAGUUGACCAUUAUCAAUAAUAAACGGUCAAAAAUUAAACUAAACUACAUCAUCUUUGAGUGCUACCAUGAUAGAAUGGUUUAUGAUCUAUGCCCAUUGUUAUGGUUACAUUAUGUAAAAAUCUGAGGAUUGCCUUAGAUGUUUUGAUGGAAAUAAACAUUAGUUAUGCAGGUUAUUUUACUCAAAUCUGAUCAUGCUCACUAAGACUGAUAUAGAAUUAGAUAUAGCCUCUUGUAAACAACCAAAAAGGGUUCUAGACUUUUCCAAUAAUUUUGCUUUAACACACAAAAUGCAAACUGUAUAUCAUUUGUACUAGGCAUUUAAGUCAAUUUUUAUCUAAAAACUUUUAUUGACAACAAAUUUGUAAACCAAUAAAGAAUUCUGCACUCCCAUAAUGUAUGCUGAUAAUACAACUCUGCUACUGAACAGACAAUCAUCAGACAACUAAGCAGCUGUGUCAUUCUACUUUGCCCUAAAUAUGGCUUACCAAUACAGCAAUGGUAAUUACCUGGUUACAAACCUAACUAAAACCAGUCAGAUAGAUAGCAGGUGAGGUUCUGAAGUGUACAAAUAGAGUUAUAUGUAAGUUCCCGGGCCUGACUACAGAUAAUAAUAUGCCUUGGGCACCACAUAUAGAUACUGUUAAUUAAAAAACUGAAUGAAUACUGGUCUGCAUAUGAUAAAACAAAUCAAGUCCCUCAGCAUCACUGACAGCUAGGUUAACCCUGUUUUGAAACCCAUUUAAGAAGUGGCCUUGCUGUAUGAUACUACAGCAACAAAUCUAAAAAGUGUCCUGAUCAUCCAGAAAAAAAUCCUAGCAGGUCUGCAUAACCUGGAAAGUUGCAAAGAUGCUUUGAAAUCUUUGAAGAUUACGACAAUAGUUGCUCUAUACAUACUAGAAAAUGCAAUGUAUACUGAUGGAGAAGAGCUGUAAAGAAACAGAAACAUUCACAACAAACUAACACAAGAACUGCAAUACAAGAGAGGGCACUCACUAAAACCAGAGCUGAAAGAAUGGCAAUGGCUGACCUUUUACCUCUCUUGAAGAAUUUCUCCAAGACACUUUUGAGAACUGUCCUGAAAUCUACCAAUAAAAUUAAAAUCUUGACACUUUGUAAUCGUGAUGAUUAUUAAUAAAGAUGAUUGUACUUUGUAUGAACAAUACAUCUUGCCUUUUAUUCACAUAUGGACUAUAAAAUUAGUACAAUUUAUUCAUGAAAAUUAUGUGUUUAUAUGAACUUUCAUAACAGAUUUAAAUAGUCAUGUAUUACCAAUUUACUUAAUUUUCUAAAGCCUUUAUAUUUAACAAAAGAACCACAAAUUUAAAAAAAAAAAAAAAAAAAAAAAAAAAAAAAAAAAAAAAAAAAAACAUUGGGGUAAGUGAAUUGUUUUUUAGGAAAAUUCAUACUCAAUGCCAGAAAUACAAAAAUAGUACGAUGGUUCCACAACAGUUCGAAUUCCUCUUACUUUGGAUUACAUUUCUUCAUGUUGUUCUUUAAUUACUGAAAUAUGUAAAAUAUAUUAUUGAAAUACGUUAUAAACUUCAAUAAAGUAAGUGAAAGGAAUUUAUAAUAAAAUGUGCAUUCUACUCUUUGUGUAACUUUUUAUGAAUAUAAUAUAAUUUUAUUUUAUAUAGUUUAGUUUGUAAGCAUGGGUAUGUGACACUAUUUAUUCUAUUGCAAGUACAAAACAAAUAAACACUUUUUUAAAUGUG